GUUGACGCCUGUGGCUCUGGCUGAGAACAGAAAUCAGUUGGCCUUUGUGGCUGCCUCUGCCACCUCAGAACUGUGACCUCUUAUCAUUGGUUCUGCGCCUCAGCUGUCUGCCUGCAGAAUGGGCACGUGACCUGUCGGGUGCACGGUGAUUGGGGACACACCCCAGCCUAGUCUGGCAGCCCGAGCCAGCACCGUUCCCCGGGCGCACGUUGCUGGCGGCGCUGUUGCUACGGACGCCACCGGCUAGGCUGUUCGCCCUGAGCUGUCCUCCAGGGCUCCGACAUGGACGACCUGCGGGUACUGUGGUUGCGCGACCGUGUGUACACCGCCUUCGGCCUCACUAACCCGAAGGUGUUCGAGGAGCUACUGAGCAGGGAUGACAGCGAGGUGGAGGACCUCAUCCUCCACUUCCUCAACCACACCAAUGAUGAGGAUGGUGCUGCUACUCUCUUCUUCUACCGAGUCCUGUUGCCUGAGGAGGUGGAGGUGGAGAUUGAAGAAAUACCAAUCAUAUCUGAAGAGGAGACUGAGGAAGAAGAGAACAAAUCUCAAAAAACAGAGGGCAUGGAUAAAGGGCCAGUGAAGACUGUGAAGUCAAGAAACAAUUCCAAAACUCCCUCUGUGUUUGGCAUUGAUGAUGACGACGUGAACAGAGAGAACUCAGACAGACCCUAUGGCAAGAGGCUUGUGAAGCGCAUUGUGAACAGACUGGACCUGCGAGUGAGCUGCAACCCCCUUCCUGAGGAAUUUCUGGACCAGAAUGUGGUGUUUUUCCUCAGAAAUACAAAAGAGGCUGUCUCUGAAGCCAGUGACAUGAAGGAAGCAAUGGAGAUUAUGCCAGAAACCAUGGAGUAUGGGAUCAUAAAUGUACAUGUGCUCUGCUUCCUGAGGGAUGUCAUCUGCCAGGUUUUCAUGCCUGCGCUGUCCUACAACCAGCACAAGACAGACUCGGGGCUGGGAACUAUGUCUACAAAAAGCCAGGAGUUUUCCCAUUAUGACUUGGAGAUGCCAAUCAUGCCUGGGGACACAGUGGAAUACCACAGCGUCCAGUUAAUACGUGACGAAUUCUUAAUGAACCUUCAGAAAUUUGCGAACAACAUUCAAAGGACGAUGCAGCAGCUUGAAGGUGAGAUCAAGUUGGAGAUGCCCAGCAUCAGUGUGGAAGGAGAGGUGUCUGAGCUGGCUGCUGACCCUGACAUGAUUGAGGCCUUGGAGCAAUGUGUGAUCAACUGGCUGAACCAAAUAUCAGGGGCCAUGGAGAGCCAGCUGAAGAAGACACCCCAGGGCAAUGGUCCCCUGGCUGAAAUUGAGUUCUGGCGGGAGAGAAAUGCGACCUUAAGUGCACUCUAUGAGCAAACGAAGCUUCCAAUUGUGAAGAAGGUCUUUGAUAUCAUCAAGGAGGCAGAAUCCAUGCUGGUGGCCAAUGUGCAGCCUGUCCUCAUAGAACUGUUCAAGCUCCACAUGGAGGCCUCAGACAAUGUGCGCUUCCUGUCCACUGUGGAGCGCCACUUCAAGAACAUCACACAUGGCUCUAGCUUCCACGUGGUUCUGGACACCAUCCCAUCCAUGAUGGGUGCAUUGCGCAUGGUGUGGAUCAUCUCAAGACACUUCAACAAGGAUGAGAGGAUGAUCCCACUCAUGGAGCGCAUCGCCUGGGAGAUUGCUGAGCGCGUGUGCAGAGUGAUCAACCUGCGAUCUCUGUUCAAGGAAAACAGAGUGAGUGCCCAGCGCAAAACCCUGGAAGCCAGAAACACCCUCAAGCUGUGGAAGAAGUCCUACUUUGACAUCCGGGCCAAGAUUGAGGCUUCUGGUCGGGAGGCACGCUGGGAAUUUGACCGGAAGCGGCUGUUUGAGAGGACAGACUACAUGGCCAGCAUCUGCCAGGACCUUGCCGAUGUCCUGCAGGUCAUGGAGGAAUUUUACAACAUAUUUGGCCCAGAGCUGAAGGCUGUGACUGGGGAUCCCAAGCGUAUUGAUGAUGUCCUGUGCAGGGUGGACAGCCUGGUCACCCCAAUGGAAAACCUGAACUUUGACCCCUUCAGCAUUAAGUCUUCCCCAUACUGGAAAUACGUGAUGGAUGACUUUAAGCUUGAAGUUCUGGUUAUUGAGAAAGAAGCAAAAAAUUUUAUUGAUGACUCUUUCAAGACGCUCCGGUCAGCGGAAGCAGCCUUCGACAUGCUUUUAAAAUUUAAGCAUAUCCAUUCACGGGAGGCCAUUAACCGACAGAUGAUGAUGAAGUUUAAUGACAUCCUGGCACAGUACUGCAAGGAGAUUGACAUUGUCAAUAAGAUCUUUGUGCAGAACCUGGACAACCCGCCACUGUAUAAGAACCACCCUCCUGUGGCGGGCGCCAUCUACUGGGAGCGGUCCCUGUUCUACAGGAUUAAGCAUACCAUCCUCAGGUUCCAGGAGGUUGAGGAGCUUCUGGACAGUGACCGUGGCCAACAGGUAAAGCAAAAAUACCUGGAGGUGGGCAGGACGAUGAAGGACUAUGAGGACCGAAAAUACGAGCAGUGGAAGGAGAUGACAGAGCAGAACCUCCCAUACCUCAUGAAGAGUAGCCUGCUCGCCAAGACUUCUACCACAGCAGAGGAGGGGCCGUCUCUGGAUCGGGGGGCCGUGUUUGUCAUCAACUUCUCCCCUGUUCUCAGAGAGAUUAUUAAUGAGACCAAGUACUUGGAACAUCUGGGGUUCACUGUCCCUGAGCUGGCGAGGAAUGUGGCCCUCCAGGAAGACAGAUUCCUCAGGUACAUGGACGGCAUCCAGCGCAUGCUGGACCACUACAACUUGCUUGUCAGCACGCUGAAUGAGGCAGAGACCGUGCUGCUUGAUGAUCAUUCCCAGGAGCUGCUCAGGGUGUUCAGGUCUGGAUACAAGAGACUAAACUGGAACUCGCUAGGAAUUGCGGAUUAUAUCACUCGGUGCAAACAGGCCAUUGGCAAGUUCGAGUCUCUGGUUCACCAGAUUCAUAAGAAUGCAGAGGACAUUGCCUCCAGGCUCACGCUAAUCGAGUCGAUCAACCUGUUUAAAUACCCAGUCCCUAAAGGCAAGGAUGGGCUCCCAGGAGUGAAGGAAUUCUUUGAGCACAUUGAGCGAGAGAGGACCAAGGAUGUGGACCACAUGGUCCAGUGGUACAUGGCCAUUGGGCCUCUGCUAACCAAGGUAGAGGGCCUAGUGGUACACACCAACACAGGCAAGGCUCCCAAGCUGGCCUCCUACUAUGAGUACUGGGAAGGCAGAAUCUAUGACAUCCUGGGGAAACUCAUUCUGAAGAAUCUACAGGCUUUCAACUCGCUGAUCCUUGGACACGUCCCUCUAUUCCAAACGGAAACCAGUCUGACAGCUCCCGAGAUCAUUCUCCAUCCUAAUGUGAAUGAGAUCGAUAAGAUGUGUGUCCACUGUACUCGCAAUUGUGUGGAGAUCACCAAGCACUUUGUCCGCUGGAUGAACGGCAGCUGUAUCGAAUGCCCACCUCAGAAGGGUGAGGAGGAAGAGAUCGUGAUCAUCAGCUUCUACAACGACAUCUCCCUGAACCCCCAGAUCAUGGACCAAGCCGUCAUGAUCCCCCAGAACAUCCACAGGCUCCUAGUCAACCUCAUGAAGUACCUGCAGAAGUGGAAGCGCUACCGGCCCCUCUGGAAGCUGGACAAGUCCUUUGUCAUGGAGAAGUUCGCGGCCAAGAAGCCGCCCUGCGUGGCCUACGACGAGAAGCUGCAGUUCUACUCCAAGAUCGCGGCCGACGUGAUGCGCCACCCGCUGGUCAAGGACGAGCACUGCAUCCGGCUGCAGCUCGGGCCGCUGGCCAGCGCUGUGCAGGAAAAGGCCAAGUCCUGGGUGAUCUCGCUGGGGAAACUCCUCAACGAGUCGGCCAAAGAGGAGCUCUUCAGCCUCCGGGAUGAGAUCGAGCACCUGGCCAAAAAUCUUAAGAAGAGCCCCAACACCCUUGAAGAUCUAAAGUUUGUUCUUGCGACAAUCGCAGAAAUUAGAACCAAAUCUUUAGUCAUGGAGCUGAGAUACAAGGAUGUUCAGGAGCGGUACCGCACCAUGGUCAUAUACAGCAUCUUUCCUUCUGAGGCUGAGCAGGAGCUGGUUGACAAGAUUGAGAGCAUGUGGGAAAAUCUCUUCAUGGAAUCGGUGAAUGUAGAACACGCACUUGGGGGCAUCAAGAGAACUUUCACCGAGAUCACUCGUGGUGAGAUAAUGAACUACAGACUCCAGAUGGAUGAAUUUGCCAAGCAAUUCUACAGCCAAGGCCCUGGGGCUGUGGGUGAAGAUCUCAACAAAGGCAUAGACCUGCUAGGGAGUUUUGAGAGGGAGCUGGCAAAGCACGAGAAGAACCGGCAGGAGCUGGCCAAUGCGGAGAAGCUCUUUGACCUUCCGAUCACCAUGUACCCCGAGCUGAUCAAAGUGCAGAAGGAGAUGACUGGGCUCAGAAUGAUCUACGACCUGUAUGUGGCCCUGAAGGUUUCAAAAGAAGAAUGGUCUCAGACCCUCUGGAUCAAUCUGAAUGUCCAGCACUUGCAGGAGGGAAUCGAUGGUUUCCUGAAGAACCUCCGAAAGCUGCCACGGCCAGUGCGCAGCUUAUCAGUGGCCUGCCACUUGGAAGCAAAAAUGAAGGCAUUCAAAGACUCCAUCCCAUUGCUUCUUGCCCUGAAACAUGAAGCCCUGAGAGAGAGGCACUGGAAAGAACUCAUGGAGAAAACAGGUGUGUUUUUCGAGAUGACUGAGACCUUCACACUGGAGAACAUGUUUGCCAUGGAACUGCAUAAACACACAGAGGUGCUCAAUGAGAUUGUCACUGCAGCCAUCAAGGAGGUUGCCAUUGAGAAGGCGGUGAAGGAAAUCCUAGAUACCUGGGAGAGCAUGAAGUUCACAGUGGUGAAAUACUACAAGGGCACGCAGGAGCGGGGCUACAUCCUGGGGUCUGUGGAUGACAUUAUCCAGUGUCUGGAUGAUAACACUGUCAACCUGCAGAGCAUCUUGGGCAGCCGAUUUGUGGGGCCUUUCCUGCAAACUGUUCAUAAGUGGGAAAAGACGCUAUCUCUGAUAGGAGAGGUCAUUGAGAUCUGGAUGCUGGUCCAGAGGAAGUGGAUGUACCUUGAGAGCAUCUUCAUUGGAGGGGACAUCCGCUCACAGCUGCCAGAGGAGGCAAAGAAGUUUGACAAUAUUGACAGGAUCUUUAAACGGAUCAUGGGAGAGACCUUGAAAGACCCAGUCAUCAAGCGAUGCUGUGAGGCCCAGAACCGCCUCAGCGAACUGCAGGCCAUCAGUGAGGGCCUGGAGAAGUGCCAGAAGAGCCUGAAUGACUACCUGGACUCUAAGAGGAAUGCCUUCCCCAGGUUCUUCUUCAUCUCUGAUGAUGAGCUGCUCAGCAUCCUAGGCAACAGUGACCCGCUUUGUGUGCAGGAGCACAUGAUCAAGAUGUUUGACAACAUAGCCAUGUUACAAUUCCAUGAUGGAGACAGUGGGGAGAAGCUGGUGUUGGCCAUGAUCUCCGCAGAGGGAGAGGUCAUGAACUUUCGCAAGAUCGUCCGGGCUGAGGGCCGCGUGGAAGACUGGAUGACAGCUGUGCUGAAUGAAAUGAGAAGGACCAACAGACUAAUCACCAAAGAGGCGAUCUUUAGAUACUGCGAAGACAGAAGCAGGGUGGACUGGAUGCUGCUGUAUCAAGGCAUGGUGGUGCUGGCCUCCAGUCAGGUGUGGUGGACCUGGGAGGUCGAGGAUGUCUUCCACAAGAUCAAGGGAGGGGACAAGCAAGCCAUGAAGAACUACGGCAGGAAGAUGCACCGGCAAAUUGAUGAGCUGGUUACAAGGAUUACCAUGCCCCUGAGCAAAAAUGACAGGAAGAAAUACAACACAGUCCUCAUCAUUGAUGUGCACGCCCGGGACAUUGUAGAUUCCUUCAUCCGGGGCAGCAUCCUUGAGGCCCGGGAGUUUGAGUGGGAAAGCCAGCUUCGAUUUUACUGGGACCGUGAGCCAGAUGAGCUCAACAUCCGCCAGUGCACAGGGACCUUCAGCUAUGGCUAUGAGUACAUGGGUCUAAAUGGGAGGCUGGUCAUCACGCCCCUCACGGACCGCAUCUACCUGACGCUCACGCAGGCCCUGUCCAUGUAUCUGGGAGGUGCCCCUGCUGGCCCAGCGGGAACCGGCAAAACUGAGACUACCAAGGACCUUGCCAAAGCCCUGGGCCUGCUGUGUGUCGUCACCAACUGCGGCGAAGGCAUGGACUACAAAGCCAUAGGGAAGAUCUUCUCUGGCCUCGCCCAGUGUGGCGCUUGGGGUUGCUUUGAUGAGUUCAACCGGAUCGAUGCCUCGGUGCUGUCUGUCAUCUCGUCUCAGAUUCAGACCAUUCGGAAUGCGCUGAUUCACCAGCUGACCACAUUCCAGUUUGAAGGGCAGGAGAUCUCUCUGGAUUCACGGAUGGGCAUCUUCAUCACCAUGAACCCUGGCUAUGCAGGCCGCACUGAGCUGCCUGAGUCUGUGAAGGCCCUGUUCAGGCCUGUGGUCGUCAUUGUGCCUGACCUGCAGCAGAUCUGUGAGAUCAUGCUCUUCUCUGAGGGCUUCCUGGGAGCCAAGACGCUGGCCAAGAAGAUGACAGUUCUGUAUAAGCUGGCCCGGGAGCAGCUGUCCAAGCAGCACCAUUAUGACUUUGGGCUCCGGGCCCUGAAGUCAGUGCUGGUCAUGGCCGGUGAGCUGAAGAGAGGUUCUGCUGACCUGCAAGAGGAUGUGGUCCUGAUGCGGGCACUGCGGGACAUGAACCUGCCCAAGUUUGUGUUUGAGGAUGUCCCUCUCUUCCUGGGCCUCAUUUCUGACCUGUUCCCAGGGCUGGACUGCCCCCGUGUGCGCUACCCUGAUUUCAAUGAUGCGGUAGAGCAGGUGCUAGAAGAGAGCGGCUACGUUCUGCUGCCCGUGCAGGUGGAUAAAGUGGUUCAAAUGUUCGAGACCAUGCUCACCCGUCACACAACCAUGGUGGUAGGACCCACAGGAGGGGGCAAGUCCGUGGUCAUCAAUGCUCUGUGUCAGGCCCAGACUAAACUCGGGCUGAUGACAAAAUUGUACAUCCUGAACCCCAAGGCCAUGGCUGUCAUCGAGUUGUAUGGCAUCCUGGACCCAGCUACUCGAGACUGGACAGACGGGGUGCUGUCCAACAUCUUCAGGGAGAUCAACAGGCCUACCGACAAGAAGGAGCGCAAGUAUAUUUUGUUUGAUGGCGAUGUGGAUGCUCUGUGGGUGGAAAAUAUGAAUUCUGUGAUGGAUGACAACAAGCUGUUGACCUUGGCCAAUGGGGAGCGCAUUCGGCUCCAGGCACACUGUGCCCUGCUCUUUGAGGUUGGAGACUUACAGUAUGCCUCUCCUGCGACUGUGUCUCGAUGUGGAAUGGUUUAUGUGGACCCUAAAAACUUGAAAUACCAACCAUACUGGAAAAAAUGGGUGCAACAGAUGCAAAAGGUGGAACAGAAGGUUUUGGAUACCCUCUUUGAGAAAUAUGUGCCCCCUCUUAUCAACAUGAUAGUGGAAGGGGUAAUAGAUGGUAGACAAGGAGAGCGGCUGAAGACCAUUGUUCCUCAGACAGACCUCAAUAUGGUGAUCCAGUUAACCAAGAUGCUGGACUCACUGCUGGAAGGAGAAGUUAAGGACCCUGACCUGCUGGAGUGCUUCUUCCUAGAGGCUCUCUAUUGCUCACUGGGUGCCUCCCUGCUGGAUGCCGGAAGGAUCAAGUUUGACAAGUACAUUAAACGCCUUGCAUCUCUGCCCACAGUGGACUCCGAGAGGGGUUGGGCCCACCCUGGAGAAUUACCAGGACAUCUUCCCACCUUGUUCGACUUUCAUUUUGAGCCGAAACAGAACCAGUGGAUCCCAUGGAGUAAACUAGUUCCGGAGUAUAUUCAUGACCACACAAAGAAGUUCAUCGACAUACUAGUGCACACGGUGGAUACAACCCGCUCUACCUGGAUCCUGGAGCAAAUGAUUAAAAUCAAACAGCCUGUUCUCUUUGUGGGAGAAUCUGGCACUUCCAAGACAGCCACUACCCAGAACUUCCUAAAAAAUCUGAACGAAGAGACUAACAUUGUGUUGAUGGUCGGUUUCUCCUCACGCACCACAUCCCUGGACAUCCAACGAAAUUUAGAAGCAAACGUGGAGAAGCGAACAAAAGACACAUAUGGGCCACCCAUGGGGAAGCGCCUGCUGGUGUUCAUGGAUGACAUGAACAUGCCGAAGGUUGAUGAGUAUGGCACCCAGCAGCCCAUUGCUUUGCUGAAACUGCUCCUGGAUAAAGGUUUCUUAUAUGACCGUGGGAAGGAGCUCAAUUGUAAGAGCAUUCGAGACCUGGGUUUCAUUGCUGCCAUGGGGAAGGCUGGAGGGGGCCGCAAUGAAGUGGAUCCCAGGUUCCUCUCACUGUUCAGCGUCUUCAACAUUCCAUUCCCAUCAGAGGAGUCUCUGUGCUUGAUCUACUUCUCCAUCUUAAGGGGCCACACCUUGACCUUUAAUGAGAGCAUUGGGGCCUUGAGCAGGAGGUUGACAUUGUGCACGCUAAUACUGUACAAAAAUAUUGUUCAAGAUCUACCUCCCACCCCUUCAAAGUUUCACUACAUCUUCAACCUUCGAGACCUCUCGAGAGUUUUUAAUGGCCUUGUCCUCACUAACCCAAAGCGGUUCCAGACAGUAACCCAGAUGGUUCGAGUGUGGAGAAAUGAGUGCUUGAGGGUUUUCCACGACCGACUGAUCAAUGAAAUAGACAAGCAGCUGGUGCAAGAUCACAUAGGCAACUUGGUGAGAGAACAUUUCGCUGAUGACUUUGACUCAAUCAUGAGGGAUCCUAUUCUGUUUGGGGACUUCCGGAUGGCUCUGCACGAAGGAGAACCCCGCGUUUAUGAAGAUAUCCAGGACUAUGAGGCUGCCAAGGCGCUGUUUGAGGAAAUUCUUGAGGAGUAUAAUGAGACCAACACCAGGAUGAACUUGGUCCUCUUCGACGACGCUCUGGAGCACCUGACCCGUGUGCACCGCAUCAUACGCAUGGACCGUGGCCAUGCACUGUUGGUGGGCGUCGGAGGUUCAGGGAAGCAGUCUCUGUCCAGACUGGCAGCCUUCACAGCUGGCUAUGAGGUGUUUGAGAUCCUGCUGAGCCGGGGCUAUUCGGAGACCAACUUCAGGGAAGAUCUGAAGAGCCUGUACCUGAAGUUGGGGCUGGAGAACAAGAUGAUGAUCUUCCUGUUCACAGAUGCACACGUGGCUGAGGAGGGCUUCCUGGAACUUAUUAACAAUAUGCUGACCUCAGGAAUCAUCCCUGCUCUCUUCCUGGAAGAGGAAAAGGACACCAUCCUCAGUCAGAUUGGGCAGGAGGCUUUGAAGCAGGGCAUGGGCCCUGCCAAGGAGUCCGUGUGGCAGUACUUUGUGAACAAGAGUGCCAAUAACCUACACAUUGUCCUGGGGAUGUCACCAGUGGGGGACACUCUGAGGACCCGGUGCAGGAAUUUCCCAGGUUUGGUGAACAACACUGGUAUCGACUGGUUCAUGCCCUGGCCGACCCAGGCCCUGCACGCAGUGGCUAAGUCAUUUUUAGGGGAUAACCCCAUGAUCCCAAUAGAGAACAUUGAAGACCUGGUGGAGCACAUGGUUAUGGUCCACCAAUCAGUGGGCAAGUUCAGCAAGCAGUUCCUGCAGAAGCUGAGGCGCAGCAACUAUGUGACACCUAAGAACUACCUGGACUUUAUCAAUACAUACUCAAAACUGCUGGAUGAGAAAACCCAGUACAACAUUGCACAGUGCAAGCGUUUGGAGGGUGGGCUGGACAAGCUGAAGGAGGCCACCAUCCAGCUGGAUGAGCUGAAUCAGAAGCUGGCAGAGCAGAAGAUUGUACUAGCAGAGAAGUCAGCCGCCUGUGAGACCCUGCUGGAGGAGAUUGCUACCAACACAGCCAUAGUGGAGGAGAAGAAGAAGAUGGCAGAGGAGAAGGCCAUGGAGAUAGAGGAGCAAAAUAAGAUCAUUGCGGUGGAGAAGGCUGAGGCCGAGACUACCCUGGCCGAAGUCAUGCCCAUCCUGGAGGCUGCCAAGUUGGAGCUGCAGAAGCUGGACAAGUCAGAUGUGACUGAGAUCAGGUCGUUUGCGAAGCCCCCAAAGCAAGUGCAGACGGUAUGUGAGUGCAUCCUUAUCAUGAAAGGCUAUAAGGAGCUCAACUGGAAAACUGCCAAGGGCAUGAUGUCCGACCCCAACUUUCUGAGAUCUCUGAUGGAGAUUGACUUUGACUCCAUCACCCAGGGCCAAGUGAAGAAUAUCAAAGGCCUCUUGAAAACUCUCAACACCACAAUUGAAGAGAUGGAGGCUGUGAGCAAGGCAGGGCUAGGGAUGCUGAAGUUCGUGGAGGCUGUCAUGGGGUACUGUGAUGUAUUCCGAGAGAUCAAACCCAAAAGAGACAAGGUGGCCAGGCUGGAGCGGAAUUUCUACCUAACCAAAAGGGAGCUAGAACGGAUCCAGAAUGAGUUGGCAGCAAUCCAGAAGGAACUGGAAGCUCUUGGGGCCAAGUAUGAGGUAGCCAUCCUGGAGAAGCAGAAACUUCAGGAGGAGGCAGAGAUCAUGGAGCGGCGGCUGAUCGCAGCUGACAAGCUUAUCUCUGGGCUGGGAUCAGAAAAUGUCAGAUGGCUCAACGACCUGGAUGAGCUGAUGCAUCGGCGGGUAAAGCUGCUGGGUGACUGCCUGCUCUGUGCAGCCUUCCUGAGCUAUGAGGGUGCCUUUACCUGGGAGUUCCGAGAUGAGAUGAUCAACCAAGUGUGGCAGAAUGACAUCCUGGAUCGGGACAUCCCCCUGAGCCAGCCAUUCCGUCUGGAGAACCUGCUCACAGAUGACGUGGAGAUCAGCAGGUGGGGUUCCCAGGGCUUGCCCCCUGAUGAGCUCUCAGUCCAGAAUGGCAUCCUUACUACCCGGGCCAGCCGCUUCCCACUCUGCAUUGACCCCCAGCAACAGGCCCUCAACUGGAUCAAGAGGAAGGAGGAGAGAAACAACCUGCGGGUUGCCUCCUUCAAUGACCCGGACUUCCUUAAGCAGCUAGAGAUGUCCAUAAAGUAUGGGACGCCCUUCCUGUUCCAUGAUGUGGAUGAGUACAUCGACCCUGUGAUUGACAACGUCCUGGAGAAGAACAUCAAGCUCUCCCAGGGCCGCCAGUUCAUCAUCCUAGGUGACAAGGAAGUCGACUACGACUCCAACUUCCGGCUCUAUCUCAACACCAAGCUGGCAAACCCCAGAUAUUCCCCGUCAGUGUUUGGGAAGGCCAUGGUCAUCAACUACACUGUCACACUGAAGGGCCUGGAGGACCAGCUGCUGAGUGUGCUGGUGGGUUUCGAGAGGCGUGAGCUGGAGGAACAGAGGGAGCACCUCAUCCAAGAGACAAGUGAGAAUAAGAACCUGCUGAAGGACCUGGAGGACUCGCUCCUGCGGGAGCUGGCCACAUCCACAGGGAACAUGCUGGACAACGUGGAGCUGGUGCAGACCCUGGAGGAGACCAAGUCCAAGGCCGUGGAGGUGUCAGAGAAGCUGAAGCUAGCAGAGAAGACAGCACUAGACAUUGACAGGCUGCGGGAUGGCUACCGGCCUGCCGCGCGCAGGGGUGCCAUCCUCUUCUUUGUGCUGUCUGAGAUGGCGCUAGUGAACACCAUGUACCAGUACUCACUCAUUGCCUUCCUGGAUGUCUUUGGGCUGUCACUGAAGAAGUCGCUCCCUGACUCCAUCCUCAUGAAGCGACUGAGGAACAUCAUGGACACACUGACCUUCAACAUUUACAACUAUGGCUGCACAGGGUUGUUUGAGAGGCACAAGCUCCUCUUUUCCUUUAAUAUGACCAUCAAGAUAGAGCAGGCUGAGGGGAGAGUCCCCCAGGAGGAGCUGGACUUCUUCCUCAAAGGAAACAUUUCCCUGGAGAAGAGCAAACGGAAGAAACCCUGCACCUGGCUGUCUGACCAGGGUUGGGAGGACAUCAUUCUCUUAUCAGAAGUGUUUUCAAAUGACUUCGGAGACCUCCCUGAUGACAUUGAGUGUCAUCUUCCCAUCUGGCAGGAAUGGUAUAACCUGGAUUUCCUAGAGCAGUUUCCAUUUCCCCUGGGCUACGAUGAAAACAUCACUGCUUUUCAGAAGUUGCUUAUUUUGCGUUGUUUCCGAGUGGACCGAGUAUACCGGGCGGUGACUGAUUAUGUGACCCUCACCAUGGGAGAGAAGUAUGUGCAGCCCCCAAUGAUCAGCUUCGAGAACAUUUUUGAGCAGAGCACCCCCACAUCGCCCAUUGUGUUCAUCCUGAGUCCUGGCUCUGACCCUGCCAGUGACCUCAUGAAGCUGGCUGAACGGAGUGGCUUUGGAGGAACUCGCCUCAAGUUCCUUGCGAUGGGUCAAGGUCAAGAAAAGGUGGCACUGCAGCUGCUGGAGACAGCAGUGGCUCGUGGGCAGUGGCUGAUGCUUCAGAACUGCCACCUCCUGGUCAAGUGGCUGAAGGACCUAGAGAAGUCCUUGGAGAGGAUCUCCAAGCCACAUCCUGACUUCCGCCUAUGGCUCACCACCGACCCCACCAAAGGCUUUCCCAUUGGAAUCCUGCAGAAGUCCUUAAAGGUUGUCACAGAGCCACCCAAUGGGCUCAAGCUGAACAUGCGGGCCACCUACUUCAAGAUCUCUCAGAAAAUGCUGGAGCAAUGUCCCCACACUGCCUUCAAGUCCCUGGUCUACGUGCUGGCCUUCUUCCAUGCUGUGGUACAGGAGAGAAGGAAGUUUGGGAAGAUCGGCUGGAAUGUGUACUACGACUUCAAUGAGUCUGACUUCCAGGUCUGCAUGGAAAUCCUGAACACAUAUCUGACAAAAGCCUUCCAGCAGCAAGACCCGCGCAUCCCAUGGGGUAGCCUCAAGUACCUGAUCGGAGAGGUGAUGUAUGGAGGCCGGGCCAUCGAUAGCUUUGACCGCCGCAUCCUCACCACCUACAUGGAUGAGUACCUAGGAGACUUCAUUUUUGAUACUUUCCAGCCAUUCCACUUCUUCUGGAACAAAGAAGUGGAUUAUAAAAUCCCUGUGGGUGACGUGAAGGAUAAAUUUGUUGAAGCCAUUGAGGCCCUCCCACUUGCCAACACACCAGAAGUGUUUGGUCUUCACUCCAACGCUGAGAUUGGCUAUUACACACAGGCGGCCCGAGAUAUGUGGGACCACCUGCUGGAGCUGCAGCCUCAGACUGGGGAAUCCAGCAGUGGCAUCAGCCGUGAUGAUUAUCUCAGUCAGGUGGCCAAGGACAUAGAGAACAAAAUGCCCAAGAUCUUUGAUCUGGACCAGGUUCAGAAGCACCUGGGUGUGAACAUCUCCCCCACCUCAGUGGUGCUUCUCCAGGAGUUGCAGCGCUUCAACAAGCUGGCAAUUCGCAUGACCAGGUCUCUGGCUGAGCUCCAGAGGGCGUUGGCUGGGGAAGUGGGGAUGAGCAAUGAGUUAGACGACGUAGCCAGGUCUCUCUUCCUCGGGCACAUUCCUAACAUCUGGAGGAAGCUUGCCCCUGACACCCUGAAGACCCUUGGAAACUGGAUGGUCCACUUCCUGCGGCGGUUCAACCAGUACACAAUGUGGGUCACAGAGAGCGAACCCAGUGUGAUGUGGCUCUCAGGGCUGCACAUUCCAGAGUCCUACCUCAUGGCCCUGGUACAGGCCACCUGCCGGAAGAAUGGAUGGCCACUGGACCGAUCCACCUUGUUCACACAAGUGACCAAGUUCCAAGAUGCUGAUGAAGUAAAUGAGCGUGCAGGGCAAGGGUGCUUUGUCUCAGGACUAUACCUGGAGGGCGCCGACUGGGACAUAGAGAAAGGGUGUCUUAUCAAGAGCAAGCCCAAGGUGCUGGUUGUGGACUUGCCCAUCCUGAAGAUCAUGCCCACAGAAGCCCACCGCCUGAAGCUGCAGAACACCUUCCGGACCCCUGUCUAUACCACGUCUAUGAGGAGGAAUGCCAUGGGAGUCGGCUUGGUGUUUGAAGCUGACCUCUUUACCACGAGGCACAUCUCUCAUUGGGUGCUGCAGGGGGUGUGCCUCACCCUCAGCUCCGACUAACCCUAAAGUACAAGAGGCGUGCAUGAAGCUAUCAUGCCUAUGGCAGGCCACAGAAGCACUGGUGCUUCAUGAAGAAUGGGAGACUGUUUCAGGGUGUCUCUUCAGAGGUAGGGGUGGGGGGGGGUGAUGGGGAUGGGCAUAUGAAAGGUGUUUUUCACUGAUCUUCCUUGCAUUUGAAAUAAGCCAUUUAAAUGCACUCUUUCCAUUAAAUAAUGUUUUGCUGGUUGUGUGUGUGUGUGUGUAUGAGGGCAAAUUUCUGAGGUUGCAUGUAAUGUGCUUAUGGAAGCCAGAGGUCAAUCUCAUGUGUUGUUCUUUCCUCAGGAUAAGCCAUCUUAUGUGUAUGUGUGUCUGCCUGAGUUUAUGUGCACCAUGUCUGUAAUACCCACAGAGGCCAGAAGAGGGCACAAGAUAACCUAGAACUGGAGUUAAGGUGGUUUUGUGUUGCCAAGAAGGUGCUGGGACUAAGCCUGGGUCCUCUGCAAGAGCAGCAAGUGCUCUUAGCAACUGCUAAGCCACCCUCACCUUCCUGGCAAGCCCUGGCACCGGAGCAAUGGCUUCCCACCUCUGACUUUGUUCUAGCAGACACCCCUUUCUGGCAAGAGUUGAGGUUUCUGGGGGCAGGCUGGGGUUGGAGGCAGGGUCUCCAUCUCUGUCCCCUGCAGAAAUCUCUGGCCUUACAUCUCCCACUCUGACCUUUUGGGGCAGGGCCACUGUUGAGCUUAAAAGCUCCAGUGCUCCUCCCUCCCAUUGGUCCCCCAGGGCCUGUGUAUAAUUGGGUCUAAACUCAGCUGGGUGGGGGCAGGGAGGCAGGACAAAUGGCGAAUAC